GCACCGUGACCCGCCGCCAGCCGCGGGAGAGCACGGGCGUGGGGGAGCGCGACGCUGUGGCUGGAGAGAUCAGCGCCCCGCCGGGUGAGUGGCAGCCUGGGAGAUGGCAGUGAUGGAAAUGGCCUGCCCGGGCGCCCCUGGCUCGACGGCGGGGCAGCAGAAAGAGAUGGCAAGCGCCAAGGAGAAAACUCAGGCCCUGGGGAAGGACAGCUCCCUCAGCCAGUUGGAGGCAGUGGAGAAGAGCCCUGUGUUCUGCGGGAAGUGGGAGAUCCUGAAUGACGUGAUCACCAAGGGCACCGCCAAGGAAGGCACUGAGGGAGGACCGGCCGCCAUCUCCAUCAUCGCCCAGGCUGAAUGUGAGAACAGCCAGGAGUUCAGCCCCACCUUCUCGGAGCGGAUUUUCAUCGCAGGAUCCAAACAGUACAGCCCGUCUGAGGGUCUUGACCAGAUCCCCAACAAUGUGGCCCAUGCCACCGAGGGCAAGAUGGCGCGCGUGUGCCGGAAGGGAAAGCAUCGCAGCAAAGCCCGGAAGAAACGCCGGAAGAGGAGCCCCAAGUCCCUGGCUCCGGCACAAGUGGCCCUGGCCAGACCUCUCCCCCGAACCCCCGAGCAGGAGAGCUGCACAGUCCCCGUGCAGGAAUUCGAGUCUCCACUCAGCGCCCCAUAUGUUAGAAGUGCCCCCCAGUUCACCAAGCCCCUACAGGAACCCGACCCUGGCCAGCUCUGUUUUAAGAAGCUUGGGGUGGGCCUGCGGCCUGGACUACCUCGGCCCGAACUCCACAAACUGAUCAGCCCUUUGCAGUGCCUUAACCAUGUGUGGAAACUCCACCACCCACAGGACACGGGCCCCCUGCCGAUGCCCGCUCACCCCUUCCCCUACAGUCGCCUGCCCCAUCCUUUCCCCUUCCACCCGCUACAGCCCUGGAAGCCUCACCCACUAGAGUCCUUCCUCCUGGGCAAACUGGCCCCUGCAGACAGUCAGAAGUCCCUCCUGGGCCUGCCCCUGAGCCAAGUGGCUCCUGUGGAUGCUCAGAAACCCCUGCCCCAACCUCCAGACCCUCGCUACCCCCCACGGAGCACAGGGGAGAAGUUCUCCAUGGAAGAGUACCUGGUACAUGCUCUGCAAGGCAGCGUGAGCCCUGGCCAGGCCCACAGUCUGGCCAGCCUGGCCAAGACCUGGUCUACGGGAGGCUCCAGGCCCCAGGAUACCAGCCUCCAGACUGAGGACAGUGAAGGCGUCCUGCUUACUGAGAAACUCAAGCCUGUGGAUUAUGAGUACCGAGAGAAGAUCCACUGGGCCGCUCGGCAGCCCUGCCUGGGCAGAGGCUCCUUCGGGGAGGUGCACAGGAUGGAGGACAAGCAGACUGGCUUCCAGUGUGCUGUCAAAAAGGUGCGUGUGGACAUGUUCCGGGCAGAGGAGCUAACGGCCUGUGCGGGGCUGACGUCACCCAGGAUCGUGCCUUUGUAUGGUGCUGUGAGGGAAGGCCCGUGGGUGAACAUCUUCAUGGAACUGCUGGAAGGUGGCUCACUGGGCCAGCUCAUAAAGCAGAAGGGCUGUCUGCCUGAGGAUCGCGCCCUCUACUACCUGGGCCAGGCCCUGGAGGGACUGGAAUACCUCCACACCCAAAGGAUUCUGCAUGGAGACGUCAAAGCUGACAACAUACUCCUGUCCAGCGACGGGAGCCGGGCAGCCCUCUGCGACUUUGGCCACGCUGUGUGCCUGCAGCCCGAUGGCCUAGGGAAGGCCUUGCUCACAGGGGACUACAUUCCUGGCACCGAGACCCACAUGGCUCCAGAGGUGGUGAUGGGCAAGGCCUGCGACGCCAAGGUGGACAUCUGGAGCAGCUGCUGCAUGAUGCUGCACAUGCUCAAUGGCUACCACCCCUGGACCCAGUAUUUCCGAGGCCCGCUAUGCCUCAAGAUUGCCAGCGAGCCGCCUCCUGUCCGGGAGAUCCCCCCGUGCUGCACCCCGUUGACCGCCCAGGCCAUCCAGGAGGGCCUGAGGAAGGAGCCAGCCCACCGCGCAUCCGCCGCUGAGCUGGGUGGGAAGGUCAGCCUGGCACUGCAGCAUGUGGGAGGUCUGAGGAGCCCGUGGAAGGAAGAGUCUAAAGAACCCAGAUGCGUGCCAUCCCAGCCAGCCCUCCAGCAACACCCAGUUCCCUAUCACCACACCCUCCUCGCCUCCUCCCCAGGGGAGCCCUUAUCGGGGACCCCAGAGCCACAGCCAGCUGAGGACCCACAAGAGGGGGCCCCAAAGCUCCAGCCUCCCCUGCCCCCAGACCCCCCGGAGCGGAACAAAUCUCCAAGCCCGUCCUGGGUCAAGGAGGAGCCGGGCCCAUGGGAGCCCCUACCCUUGUCCUCCCUGGACCCGGCUCCCCCCAAAACCACCAGCUCAUCAGAGCGGAAACCAACCCUCCCGGAGCAGGAGCUGCAGCAGCUGGAACUAGAACUCCUCCUCAGCAGCCUGUCUCAGCCCUUCUCUCUGGAAGAGCAGGAACAGCUUCUGUCCUGCCUCAGCAUCGACAGCCUCUCCCUAUCCAACGACAGCGAGAACCCCUCAAAAGCCUCUCAGAGCUCACGGGACACUCUAAGCUCGGGCGUGCACUCAUGGGGCAGCCAGGCAGAGGGACGCAGCUCCAGCUGGAAUAUGGUGCUGGCCCGGGGCCGCCCCACCGACACCCCCAGCUACUUCAACGGGGUCAGAGUCCAGAUCCAGUCUCUGAACGGUGAAAACCUACACAUCCGGGACUUCCACCGGGUCCGGGUGGGAGACAUCGCCACGGGCAUCAGCAGCCAGAUCCCAGCCACCGCCUUCAGCUUGGUGACCAAGGAUGGGCAGCCCGUGCGGUACGACAUGGAGGUGCCAGACUCGGGCAUUGACCUGCGGUGCACCCUGGCCCCCGACAGCAGUUUCACCUGGAGUUGGAGGGUCAAGCACGGCCAGCUGGAGAACAGGCCCUAGCCCAGCCACACACCAACUUCUCAGGGUCACACCCACAAAGCAGGGGGUCUCCGUGUAGAGCCGCCUCAUCGCCCGGCAGGUGUCGACCUGCCCACAGCCUCCAAGCCACAUGGGUCAGCAUCAGAGUGCUGGCAGCAGAUGUGCCCUGUUCCCUGGCACCAGGGCUUCCCAAGGGAACUCACCUUCUCCAUAGUGGCCAUACAGGUCUACACAGGCUGAACCCACUUCAGCCAACAGCCCAGGAGGUGUCAACGAAAUGGUUCUCAGUGCCCAAAUAUGUGGUCGGGCUGCUAAGCAAGGCCCCCCUGCACCUGGCUGGCAUUCAGUGCCCAGUCCCAGGGCCAGGUGACAGGCCUUUGGGCUGAGGGAGG